AGGAGAAGAUUUACCGGUGAGUAAAAUCUUAUUUUCCAUAAUGUAUUUUAUUUCCAGCAGGUGGACACACAAGCAGGAAUAUUUCAGAAGGACAUCUAAUGUUAUCCCCGGAUUGUGACAUAAAAGAUAAUGACAGUAGACAGGAUUCUCCAGGAGAUAACCCCAUUACCCCAAUUAUACAUCCAGCUCUAUCAGCUGAUCCCUCUGAUCCUGGGAAAUGUUCUCCUAAUCACUCUGAUAUUGGAGCAUUUGUUACAGCUCUGAGAUUAGAUACAGUGUUUCCCUGUUCUAUAGAUGCCAAAUGUUUUACACAGAACACAAAGCUUAUUACCCAUCAUCCAGCUAAGGCAGGUGAGAGGCCACUGAUAUGUUCUGAGUGUGGGAAAUGUUUUACAAAGAAAUCAGCUCUUGUUACACAUCAGAGAAGUCACUCAGGUGAGAGGCCGUAUUCCUGUUCUGAGUGUGGGAAAUGUUUUACACAGAAAUCAUCUCUUGUUACACAUCAGAGAAGUCACACAGGUGAGACGCCGUGUUCCUGUUCUGAGUGUGGGAAAUGUUUUGCAUGGAAAUCAGAUCUUGUUACACAUCAGAGAAGUCACACAGGUGAGAAGCCAUUUUCAUGUUCUGAGUGUGGGAAAUGUUUCGCAUUUAAAUCAGUUCUUGUUAAACAUCAGAGAAGUCACACAGGUGAGAAGCCGUUUUCCUGUUCUGAGUGUGGGAAAUGUUUUGCAUGGAAAUCACAUCUUGUUACACAUCAGAGAAGUCAUACAGGUGAGAAGCCGUUUUCCUGUUCUGAGUGUGGGAAAUGUUUUACACAGAAAUCAGCUCUUGUUACACAUCAGAGACGUCACACAGGUGAGAGGCCGUUUUCCUGUUCUGAGUGUGGGAAAUGUUUCGCAUUUAAAUCAGUUCUUCUUACACAUCAGAGAAGUCAUACAGGUAAGAUGCCGUUUUCCUGUUCUGAGUGUGGGAAAUGUUUCGCAUUUAAAUCAGUUCUUGUUCCACAUCAGAGAAGUCACACAGGUGAGAAGCCGUAUUCCUGUUCUGAGUGUGGGAAAUGUUUUGUACGGAAAUCAGAUCUUGUCACACAUCAGAGAAGUCACACAGGUGAGAGGCCAUAUUCCUGUUCUGAGUGUGGGAAAUGUUUUGCACAGAAAUCAGCUCUUGUUCUACAUCAGAGAAGUCACACAGGCGUGAAGCCGUAUUCCUGUUCUGAGUGUGGGAAAUGUUUUGCACAGAAAUCAAAUCUUGUUACACAUCAGAGGAGUCACACAGGUGAGAGGCCACUGAUAUGUUCUGAGUGUGGGAAAUGUUUUGCAUGCAACUCAAAUCUUGCUACACAUCAGAGAAGUCACUCAGGUGAGAAUCCGUUUUCCUGUUCUGAGUGUGGGAAAUGUUUUGCAUUCAAAUCACAUUUUGUUACUCAUCAGCAUACUCACACAGGUGAGAAGCCGUAUUCCUGUUCUGAGUGUGGGAAAUGUUUUACACAGAAAUCAGCUCUUGUUACACAUCAGAGAAGUCACACAGGUGAGAAGCCGUAUUUCUGUUCUGAGUGUGGGAAAUGUUUCGCAGUUAAAUCAGAACUUGUUACACAUCAGAGAAGUCACACAGGUGAGAAGCCGUUUUCCUGUUCUGAGUGUGGGAAAUGUUUUACACAGAAAUCAGCUCUUGUUACACAUCAGAGAAGUCACACAGGUGAGAAGCCGUAUUCCUGUUCUGAGUGUGGUAAAUGUUUUGCACAGAAACCAAAUCUUGUUAGACAUCAGAGAAGUCACACAGGUGAGAAGCCGUAUUUCUGUUCUGAGUGUGGGAAAUGUUUUACACAGAAAUCAGCUCUUGUUACACAUCAGAGAAGUCACACAGGUGAGAAGCCAUUUUCCUGUUCUGAGUGUGGUAAAUGUUUUGCACAGAAAUCACAUUUUGUUAUUCAUCAGCAUACUCACACAGGUGAGAAGCCGUUUUCCUGUUCUGAGUGUGGGAAAUGUUUUGCAUGGCAAAGUGGAGCUUUGCAGGGGGAUCAAACUGGAGGAGUUGCAGGGGGAUCACUGGUAGAUGAGGAAGAUCAGGUAGACAGCUGGGUCAUGGUUAGAAGGAAGAAGAAGAGGGGGAGGGGAAGACAGGACACCUCAGAUCUGCCAAACCCCAAUAAAUUCGCCCAAUUGGACGAAGAUCCUGAGGAUUACAGCGUGGAAAUAAUGGAACCAAAGGAGACCAUUUCCUCUGGCAACCAGAGGAGCGGUCCCUCCGAUGCAGAUGGGAAAAAAGAUAGUAAGGAGUAUAUAGAGGAACACAGGGGUCUGUACAAGGACGUGAUGAUGGAGAAUCACCAGCCCCUCACAUCACUGGAUGGACCCAGUAACAGAGAUACCCCAGAGAGAUGUCCCCGUCCUCUGUAUUCCCAGGAUUGUACAGAGGAGAAUCACAGGACCCCACAGGAGGAUCAGUACAUGACUGAUAUGAAGGCAGAAGAUAUAGAGGGAGAAGAAGAGACGUAUGUGACUGAUAUGAAGACAGAAGAUAUAGAGGGAGAAGAAGAGACGUAUGUGACUGAUAUAAAGGCAGAAGAUAUAGAGGGAGAAGAAGAGACGUAUGUGACUGAUAUGAAGGCAGAAGAUACAGAGGGAGAAGAAGAGACGUAUGUGACUGAUAUGAAGACAGAAGAUAUAGAGUUAGAAGAAGAGACGUAUGUGACUGAUAUAAAGGCAGAAGAUAUAAAGGGAGAAGAAGAGACGUAUGUGACUGAUAUAAAGGCAGAAGAUACAGAGGGAGAAGAAGAGAUGUAUGUGACUGAUAUAAAGGCAGAAGAUAUAGAGGGAGAAGAAGAGACGUAUGUGACUGAUAUGAAGGCAGAAGAUACAGAGGGAGAAGAAGAGACGUAUGUGACCGAUAUAAAGGCAGAAGAUAUAGAGGGAGAAGAAGAGAUGUAUGUGACUGAUAUAAAGGCAGAAGAUAUAGAGGGAGAAGAAGAGACAUAUGUGAGGGGUGAUCAGCAGUGUAAGGAGGAGGAGAUCCCUACAUAUAUCAGCACAGCAGGUGGACACACAAGCAGGAAUAUCUCAGAAGGACAUCUAAUGUUAUCCCCGGAUUGUGACAUAAAAGAUAAUGACAGUAGACAGGAUUCUCCAGGAGAUAACCCCAUUACCACAAUUAUACAUCCAGCUCUAUCAGCUGGUCCCUCUGAUCCUGGGAAAUGUUCUCCUGAUCACUCUGAUAUUGGUGCAUCUGUUACAGCUCUGACAGUAGAUACAGUGUUUCCCUGUUCUAUAGAUGCCAAAUGUUUUACACAGAACACAAAGCCUAUUAACCCACACACAGGUAAGGCAGGUGGAAGGGCACUGAUAUGUUCAGAGUGUGGAAAAUGUUUUACAAAGAAAUCAUAUCUUGUUAUACAUCACAGAAUUCACACAGGUGAGAAGCCAUUUCCAUGUUCUGAGUGUGGGAAAUGUUUUACACAGAAAUCACAUCUUGUUAGACAUGAGAGAAGACACACAGGUGAGAAGCCAUUUUUCUGUUCCGAGUGUGGGAAAUGUUUUGCACAGAAAUCAGCUCUUGUUAGACAUGAGAGAGAGCACACAGGUGAGAAGCCAUUUCCAUGUUCUGAGUGUGGGAAAUGUUGUGUAAGUAAAUCACAACUUGUUACACAUCUGCGCAGUCACACAGGUGAGAAACCUUUUCCAUGUUCUGAGUGUGGGAAAUGUUUUGCAUGUAAAUCAGAUCUUGUUAUACAUCACAGAAGUCACAUAGGUGAGAAGCCAUUUUCUUGCUCUGAGUGCGGGAAAAGUUUUACCUGGAAAUCCAAUCUUGUUAGACAUCAGAGAGAGCACACAGGUGAGAAGCCAUUUCCAUGUUCUGAGUGUGGGAAAUGUUGUGUAAGUAACUCACAACUUGUUACACAUCUGCGCAGUCACACAGGUGAGAAACCUUUUCCAUGUUCUGAGUGUGGGAAAUGUUUUGCAUGUAAAUCACAUCUUGUUAUACAUCACAGAAGUCACACAGGUGAGAAGCCAUUUCCAUGUUCCGAGUGUGGGAAAUGUUGUGUAAGUAAAUCACAACUUGUUACACAUCUGCGCAGUCACACAGGUGAGAAACCUUUUCCAUGUUCUGAGUGUGGGAAAUGUUUUGCAUGUAAAUCAGAUCUUGUUAUACAUCACAGAAGUCACAUAGGUGAGAAGCCAUUUUCUUGCUCUGAGUGCACGAAAAGUUUUACCUGGAAAUCCAAUCUUGUUAGACAUCAGAGAGAGCACACAGGUGAGAAGCCAUUUCCAUGUUCUGAGUGUGGGAAAUGUUGUGUAAGUAAAUCACAACUUGUUACACAUCUGCGCAGUCACACAGGUGAGAAACCUUUUCCAUGUUCUGAGUGUGGGAAAUGUUUUGCAUGUAAAUCAGAUCUUGUUAUACAUCACAGAAGUCACACAGGUGAGAAGCCAUUUUCUUGCUCUGAGUGCGGGAAAUGUUUUACACACAAAUCACGACUCGUUACCCAUCAGCAAAGUCACACAGGUGAGAAGGCAUUUCCAUGUUCUGAGUGUUGGAAAGGUUUUGCACACAAAUCACAUCUUGUUAUACAUCAGAGAACUCACACAGGUGAGAAGCCAUUUUCUUGCUCUGAGUGCGGGAAAUGUUUUUCACAGAAAUCAGUUCUUGUUAUACAUCACAGAAGUCACACAGGUGAGAAGCCAUUUCUAUACUCUGAGAAAUAAAUCAUCUCUUGUUGCACACAAUAGACAUCACUCAGGUGAGGAACCAUUUUAAUCUUCUGGAGUAUACUUAUCAUUGCCAUGCAUUGUUCUUCAAGGUUCUUAUCCUAUCUCCUAUGCUUUUUGCAAUAUGCAUGUUACCACUGGGUGAAAUAAUCAGAUGUCAUGCCCUCAUCUGCCACUGCUAUACAAAUGACCUGUCUUUGCUCUAGGUACUGAGAACCCAGUACCAAUCCUAAAUGGUUGUCUAGCUGAGCUCCAGGUGUGGCUGAUGCCAGUUGGUUGUGAUUCAGUCCUGGUGAAACAUGUCUUUAAGCUCACCACCAAAGGGCAGGGCUACAGUUCAGCUUUGCAAACCAACCAGACUUACGCUUGGGGGUUCAGAGUUACAAAAUGCUGAUCAUGUGCGGAAUCUUGGUGUCCUGGAUGGUGGAGUGACACUUAGACAUCAGGUAUCUGCCACAAUCAGAUCCUCAUCUGAGGAACAUAGCCAGACUCCAG